ACCCUAUGCCGUUUUUGCUUCUAUUGAAUGAGACCGAUAUCAAUAUGCUCGACAACCUCUUCAUUUCCUCCACUAUGCUCUUCUAAGAGGGGCCUGAACCGAUCAAUAUGAAGAUUCUCUGUCUCCAUCCAUGGGGAACGUCCGCAGAAAUCUUCGAGAAGCAGAUUUCCGUCGUUUGUAAUCUACUCGGAGAGACUCACAAUUAUGUUUUCCUCGAUGCUCCUAUUCCAUGUGGUCCUGCAAAAGAACUUCCAGCCAUCGUGAAGGGUCCCUUCUACUGUUGGUAUGAAGGUUUAUCUUCGGCCCAGGUCAAGUCAGCACACGACUUUAUACUGGAUACCAUCGAAGAAGAAGGGCCCUUUGAUGGCGUCAUCGGAUUCAGCCAAGGGGCGUCGCUUGCUCUGUCUAUACUAUAUCAUCACGAGGUCUAUCAGCCUCACCAACCUCCGCCUUUCCGUUUUGCCGUCUUCUUCUGCUCCAUCCUUUCUAUAUCACCUGAUGCCCAGUUCAAUGCAGACAUCAUCAAGAAGUACAGCCGAUACUUCAAGGGACUUGACAGGCUUGGAAGACACGAUAACGACAUCAGUAGUGAGGAGGAAGGAGAGAAUGUCAAGGCUGAGGUCGAAAUUAGUGCAUUGGAUAAGACUAGCAAGAUUAAAUCUGCACCAAAGCGCCGGGCCAAGUUGCUACUACCAGGCCAAAAAAAAGCCGUGGUAAACGAUAUGGUUGGAUUUGUUCGUCAACUGACGGAAAAUGCAGCGGAGCACCAUACCGCUGCCCACAAGCAAUGGGAAAAGAGAGACAGUCACGAAGACUUUCCGCGGGUCUACCACCCUUUAGCGAACAAGCAGCGCAUCUCUAUCCCCACGGUGCACGCUAUCGGCCGGGCUGACCCAUUUCGAAGGCAGAGUGAAUUGCAGGCUAGGCUUUGCAACAAGAAUCUGUCCCGUGUCGUUGAAUUCCACGGUGGGCACCAAGUUCCACGGAACUCGAGCGACCUGCAGGCAGUCACCUUUGCGAUCGAUUGGGCAAUUCGAAUGGCACACCUGCAGUAGUAACAGAAUAUAUUUGUCGAUUGAUAUUCACUUUUUUAAUGUCCACAUACGUGUGAUUUUACAAACAGACUCCUCAUGAAUUUGUCACUUCCGAUUCACAUCCUAUUAUUAUAUGGUAUGACUACUAUUGCCUGACCGCCCCUCCUCCGUUUAUAGGUAAG